AGGUGCCUGAGACUCCACGACGACGAGGCAAGGAGGCGCAGUCUUUGGUCGUUCGUCUCCGUGACGCACUUCUCUUGUUAUCUAAGCCCAAUUCCACCAAACAUCAAUCCCAAUCUACUUCCCACAACCUCCUGUUGUACACGUAUAGAUUAAACGAGCAUCCAGCGGCUCUCGACAUGUCGGACGAGCUAGCACCACCCCGCAAGAGUGUAGAGCUGGAGGACCCAGGUGCGAAGGAGCUCGCCGAGUCAAGCGACGAGCACUUCUCCGAUGCGUCUGAAGGCCAGGCUAGACGGUUUACGUUGUCGUCACCAAUCCCAAUAACGCGAGUGGAGCGGGUCGAUGAUACGCCAGCACAUGGCGAAGUGCCGGGAACAGAGGCAUACAACAAACGCACCCAAGAUGCCGUGCCUGACGAGGUCGAGAUUGUGCCAGAAGGCAUGCGAAGCCGCAGUGCGUCACGCGUUAGCGUCAGCGACCGGCCCAUUACGCCAGGAGGAACGCCCAUCCCAAAGACUGUGGUUGAGAAGAUUGAUCCCGACGAGCCCAGCUACGGUGAUGUGCCUGGAACGGAAGCACACCAGCAGCGUCUGGCGGAUGCGGCGCCUGAUGUAGUCAUCAAGGCACCGCAGGAGACGCAGCACAGCAACUCAGGGUCACCAACCUCGCAUGACAGAUCUACAAUAAAUCCGGGUGACGACGCACCCGAAGCAGCACCCAAAGCCAACGGUGUGGUUGAACAACAAGAGGGCAACGACGACGACGACGACUUUGGUGAUGACACAGCAGACGUGGCAGCUGGUGCUGACGAUGAUGACGAUGGGUUUGGGGACUUUGACGAGUUUGAAGAGGGUGGGGAGGGUGACGACGAUUUUGGAGACUUUGACGAUGGGUUUCAGCAAGGCGAGCAAGAGGCAGAGACAUCAUUUGAUAAAGUGCCAGAACAAGCUCCUGUACCUGCCCCUUUGCCAGGUCCUCCCGUCUUGGACUUUGAGCAUCUCACAUCACCUGAAGACAUUACUAGCGCAACACGGCCUUACCUGGAGGAUAUGUAUCCUCUGCCAAGAGACAUACCCAGCAUAUCUACCAAUCCGGAGGAGACACGGUCCAUUUUCUUGUCGGAGCGCAGCCACUCGCUGUGGAGCCAGCUGGUUGCACCGCCACCGCUGCAGCCACCAGACUGGGUACGGUCACGGAUACGACGACUGUUUCUCGUCUCACUGGGCGUGCCCGUAGACCUGGAUGAAAUCCUGCCGGCGUCGAAGCAAAAGAAGCUUAUCCUGCCGUCGAUCCACAUACCUGGAGAGCGUUCGCCCCGCCCUUCGUCUGACGGGCGCAGCAACGGCGGACCACUGGGACGCAUCAGACGCGAGAAUGAGUCGUCGACAUCAGUCGAUUCGUCAAGCUCAAAAGUCGACCGCAAGCGAAAAGGGCCCCCACCACCUCCGGAACUGGACAUUAGCAGUACAACGCAGCUGUGUGCGACGACAGACGCAGCACUCGAGGGCCUGACGGACGACGAGCUGCGGAUGCACAUUGAUCACCUCAAGGCGCUACAGGAACGGGCAAAGGAGGUGUUUGAGUACUGGCAGAAGCGGAUGGAGAGCGCGCUAGGAGACAAGGAUGCAUUUGAGCAGGUGAUUGAGAGUUUGGUGGCCCACGCCAAAAAGCUGCGGUAGUCUUGUCUAAGCAAGUGCAAGUAAGUAAUGUAAGUGCAUAGUUUGGGUGUGACUGCGGGCUUGUCUCUGCGUGUGAUUGUGAUGGACGUGUCUGUUCGUGUUGGCGUUUUGGUUUGGUGGUGACCCCGCAUUGUGGGAUAGCGCGGGUUGGCCAAAGCUGGCUGGCACGCGGCAGGGAUAGUCUGGAAUUUGGUUCUUCUCUUG